ACCGCCAGCCUGCCUGCCUUUCUGUCUGAGUAGAGGCUUUGUUCUGCGUGACAGAGCUGGGUGUCAGAGAUAGAGGAUCUCGUUAGGCAGUCAGAGGGAGAAGGAUGGUGACUCUCUUUCCACUCUCUGAGUAUGGAUGGCUCAGAAGGCAGGGAUGAGUGGGCAGUAAAAUGGAUGACAGAGUGAAGAGGAGCUGCACUGGGAGGAAGGAGGGCCUCCCUGACUGUCAGCAUCCAAAAUGCCUAUCUAAAUGGAGGAGUUUGCUCCAAAACGCAAUAUGCUUCUUUUUUUUUCCACCGACAACUGAUUUUCAAAAGUGGAACAAUGGAUUUUAAAGUCAUUCCUGCUACUCAAGCCACAAUGGAUGACUUUAUGUAUGACAGUGAGCCUUGGUACGGCAACUACACUUAUGAGGAAUAUGGUUCUCCUCCACCCAUCGACACAGUUUUUAAACACAGCUCAACAUGUUUCAGGGAAGUCUUAUGUACCUCUUUGCUGGUGGCCAACAUGAUCAUUUUUGUGCUGGGGUUAUGUGGGAACGGGGUUGUCAUCUGGAUCUCUGGCUUUAAGAUGAAGAAGACGGUCAACACCACCUGGUACCUGAGCUUGGCCAUCUCUGACUUCAUAUUCUGUGCCUGUCUCCCGUUUAACAUCACAUACUCUGCGAUGGGCGAUGACUGGAUCUUUGGCCUCUUCAUGUGCAAGUUCACCUCCUUUGUGAUGUUCCUCAACAUGUUCAGCAGCAUCUUCCUCCUGGUCAUCAUCAGUGUGGACCGCUGCGUGUCGGUCAUGUGUCCGGUUUGGACGCAGAACCACCGCACCGUCAGGAAGGCCUCUGUGGUUGUUGUCUUAGCCUGGCUCGUCUCCAUCGCACUAAGCAUGCCCUCUGUGGUUUUCAGGGACAUUGUGAAUCACCUAGGAAGGACCACUUGCUUCAACAAUUACACAUCAGACCAAUACAGCCACAAGACAAUCGCAGUGAGCCGCUUCUUAGCAGGCUUUGUUGUCCCGUUCUUUGUCAUCAUCAUCUGCUACUCUAUCAUCAUCCUAAGACUUAGAAAUAACAGGAUGGCCAAAUCCUCCAAGCCCUUCAAAGUCAUGACUGCCCUCAUCGCCACCUUCUUCUUCUGCUGGCUGCCCUACCACGUCUUCGUCCUGCUUGAGUUGACCCACCAAAACUCCAACCACCACGUGCUAGCAAUCGGACUCAAAGUAGGCACAUCUGUGGCUAUGGCAAACAGUUUCCUCAACCCAGUGCUGUACGUUUUCAUGGGCAAUGACUUCAAGCGCAGGUUGAAGAGCUCGCUGUUGUCUAAGAUGGAAAACGCUAUGGGCGAGGAGGGCCGCACGACGAGCCGAUACCUGUCCAGGUCCAGCUCCAUGGAUGGCAGGGCGUCUACGCACAUCUAGAGGCUUCAAGCUCUCUGAAAAUGUUCAAUUCAGUGCACUUUUUUGCCAUCAGAUAUGUAACAUAAUGCUUCUUAUAUAUACAAUGAAUUAACUAUUAUUAUCAUAUGCAAUAAUUUACUAUUAUUCACCCAAAUUGCGCAAACAUUCAUUCUAUGGAGAAUGUAUAAAAUACCUCUUAAUGUUACAAAAUCCAUAUGUGAGUCGUGUGUGACAUGCUUUCCUUCUGGCAGCAGGUUGAGGUUAUGAGAGAAAUCAGUGCUGCCAGUUUAGGUUUGCAAACAGGUAAUCAUUUUGUAUAUUUCAAUGCAUAGCUGAAAUCUACAUGUUUAAUUUAGCAUAUAGAUGUGCACUUAGCUUAUCAUACAAUCCAGUCUUUAGAUCUUUUUUAAUAUUUCUAAAGGAUUGUUUUCAAAAUACUCUUGUAGAAAGCUUUGCUGGCAAAUUUUUGCACAGUAGAUAAAAAGAAAUGCGCUGAGGGAGAUAUUUAGUCAUAGAAUACAUGUUGUUUGCACAGUCUGACCAAGCUGCAU